ACAAUGCUGGGUUCCAUGACCAGCAAGGAGCUGGAUCUUUCCAAGCUCACAGAUGAUGAGGCCAGUCACGUGUGGCGUGUUGUUCAGCGAGAUUUUCACUUGAGGAAGCAAGAGGAAGAUAGGCUUGGAGAGCUCAAGACCAAGAUUGAGCGAGAAGACUGUAAGAGAGAGAUGCUGGGUCAUUGGACAAAUUUGACCGCAUCUCAUUGCAUUCGCUGUCUUAAAGCAUUCAAGUUCUUGGUCAACAGCAAGCGUCAGUGUCUGGACUGUCAGCUGUACAUAUGCGGUUCCUGCAGCCGUUACAACAAAAAGGAUCACGGAUGGGUGUGUGAUCCUUGUCACAUGGCCAGGGUCCUCAAGAUUGGCACCUUAGAAUGGUACCACGAGAAUGUGCAGGCACGCUUUAAGCGUUUCGGCAGUGCCAAGGUUAUGCGAUCGCUCUACAAAAGACUCAGUGGAAAGCACAUGCACUCUUCUGACGAUGAUGAUGAUGCAAGCCUUCACAAAUACACCACACACAGCAACCCUGAAGUCCACACCCUUGGAUUUGAAGACAGUUGUAUGGAUGCCAGUGAUUCGCAAUGCUAUAAUCAGAUGAAAAAAAACAAAAGGCGUCUAACAGUUGACCCUAUUGAUUUUGGCCUGGAUCGCCACUAUGUUGCCCAAUCGAGGAGAUACUCUCACCAGAUUCAGAGUUCUGAUCACAUCAUGAUGAAUAGUGGCGUAAGGGAGUCUGACAUGGCUUCAAUCUUUCAUCCAUUUUUGAAAGAGCAACGCAAAGGCCUGGAUGUUGGGUCUCAACAUGGCUGGUCUCUUCAGCAAGGUGACUUUGUGUACUCGGACAAUCGAACCGUUCCAUCUCGCUGCAUGUCCCAGCUCAGCUACUCUUCUUGUGGCAGCGGGAGUGCAGGGGGGCCCCGGGGAGGUGGCAGCAGCUACUUUCUGUGUCCUAAUGAUGAUGACUCAGAUGACGACGAUGUCAUCAGCCAAGCCUACCCAGUUUACCAGUCUCAUUUGGGACCCAGUGACAAUGUUUCCCAGGAAAGCCUAAACUACCCCAACCAGCCACCACAGAUCACUGAUCUGAACAGACGAAUGUCAGUCGUCGAAAACCUUUUAAGCCGCCUGCAGGUCACUUUGACCUCUGACCCGGACAUUGAUGCUCCUCAAGUUCAAGAGGGUGCCUCUCCUCUUUUGGGGUGGGAGGAUGUUGACAUUGAAGAGCAUCAACUCAGACAAAAGCUAAUCGCAAUGGCGGGUGACAUAAGCGACCACAGCUUGAGUUCUGACGAGGAGGACUCCAACCCAUCACUCUCCUUCCAUGAAAUCUCGACAGCAACAGUGAGCAGUCGAGAAGCAGACAAAAAGUCUAAUGGAGAACAUUCCCGGCCCACUUCCUCACAAAAGACAGGCCAUUCAACUGAAAGCCUGGAGAAUAAGUGGCACAGCACAGAAGAAGGCUCAAAGUCAAGCUUCAAAGGUUCAACAGCAUUACUGUUUGAGCUGCAGGACAAAAUAGCCCAAGCCACUGCUGUUGUACAGAACACCCAAACCCAGGUGUCAUACAUUGAGAAUAAGAUUGCUGCUCUUAACCCUGGGGGCGUGCCAAUGGAGAAAGGACAAAAGAAAUCGGCAAUGAAACUGGACCUAUGA